GAUCCACAUUUCCUCACCAAUUCUCAAGCAAUCUAACCACCCCACAAAGUCGCGGACAUAUGAGCUUCACCCAUUCCACCCAAACCAUUCAUGGUAAGAAUUUGGUGUUCUUGCAUCGCCUGCCGGUUUCAUCUAUCCUCGGCGCUUCAAGUAGGGCAUCGGUUUCUGUCGAAGUGUCCUGUCCAGAUGAUAAACUUGACUACAUGAGCAUUUUAUUCAUUUAUAGAGCAGAGAUGAUUUGUGAGGAACAAUUUGCCACAAAUAGGAGGAGUUAUUUAUAUUGGUGUUGUGAAGGAGUAAUGCAGGGAAAAUGCGAGCCAGUUGGUUUCCAUACUGCACAGUAGAUUGUCAGGGAAAAAUAUUUGUUUUGAUAUUGAAGAUAUUGAAGAUAUACUACGUAUCUUCGAAUGAGAUACAUUAAAUCGGAAUCACUAUGCCCACCUCCACUAUUGACCAAUAGAAAUUUUUCAAUCCAAAAGUUGCUGAGUCGCCCAAAUAGUGUCAAUAGUCCUCACCUCCCAUAUCAACCAAUAGGAAUUUUU